CAUUUUCUCUUUGUAAAAAAAAAAUAUAUUUUGUAUCUUUCCUUAAACCACUUUUGUUCUUCCUCUCUUUAACUCUUCCCUCUUUGUAUUUCUAUAGGAAUAACAAAGAGGGUAUUGAUAUUGUGUUAUUGUUGAAGAGAAGAAGAACAUGGAGAGCUUUGAAGAAAAAGUGUGUGUUUUCAUGGAUGAACAUUCUUACCAUUCCAAUGAAUCAGAGUUGCAUGCCUCUUUGGAGGACCUAUGCUUGUCAGAACAACAAAGUAGUGAUUCUGAGGAAGAUUCACCACAAAGGAUUUUGUAUUGGGAUUCUCAGGUGGCACUUCUUCAGGAAAUUUUGGAGAGAUACAACAUAACAGGGUCGAAAUUGAGACAAGAAGUUGGUAGAAUCAUCAACAAGAUCAAAGCUUCAGAUUUUUGCAGCUGCUUGAAGCCUAACUCUCACAAUUGCAUCACCUGUUUGAGAAGACGAGUGGCUACUGUGCUCUCUGACAGAGGAAUCACUACCAAUCUUUGCAUGUCAAAAUGGAAAUCCACACAUAAAGUUCCAGGAGGUUCUCACGAGUAUAUUGAAGUGAUUGCAAGCACAUCAACAAGGAAGAGACAAAUCCGAUUUCUUAUUGAAUUGGAAUUGAAGGAACAGUUUCAGAUUGCAAAAGCAGGUGAAGAGUACCAGAAAAUUGUGUCGUGUUUGCCGGAAUUUUAUGUCGGGAAGGCAGAGUACUUAACUGCGAUUGUUCGAGUUGUGUGUGAUGCUGCAAAGAAAUCAAUGAAGAAGAAGAAAAUGCAUCUGGCUCCAUGGAGGAAGAACGGGUUCAUGCAAAUGAAGUGGUCAGGUUUCAAUCAAACAUAUCAUCAUCACCACAUACAACAAGCAAGUGAAUCUAAUAUGGGAUUUUCAAGAGCUCCUAAUGCUGUGGUAGCAGUCAACUGAAUAGUCAUUUCUUCCAUUCCAAUUGCUAGAUUUUGAAGGAGAAUUUUGGACGCAAAACCUCUUCAUUACUAUGUAGGAAUUUAUGCCUCAACCACUGCAGUGCAGGAAUAUAUUCUAGUGUAUAGUAUAGAACUAUAGACCAUUUACAAUUCAUUGCCCUUUAGGUCCAUUGUUAUGUUUUGAUGGAAUACUAGUAGUAGCAUCUAUGUUGAGGUGUGGGAGAGAGAUCCAUAAGAUGAUGGUGUGUGUAAUUCCUGCAAUGGUUUGAGAUGCAGAUCAGUUUUGAACAUGUUUGAUAGGUUUUGCCGUAGCAAGAAAGCUUGAAAUCAGUUCUUGUUGGAUGAAACCCAGGUUAGGUUGCCCAACUUUGGCAGAAGGGGCGAAUGAGCCUUAGAGCAUUAAAUGCAUGUUUUCACGGUAGGAUUGACAAGACAAAAUGACGCCGAAACACUGUGAUUGUGUAAAUCCUACACUUAAGACAGAUGAUGAAAAGGGAAGUCACAGAAUUGUUACCAUGUUAACUCAUGAUAAAUAGAAAUACAAUAUUAAUACAUAAUCUAGGUGACA